AUGGACCGCGCCAAGAGGGGCGCCGUCGCCGGCCUCCCCGACGACAUCCUCGUGCAGAUCCUCUCGCGCGUUUCCGUCAAGGACCUCCACAGAUCCAAGUGCGUCUCCAAAGCGUGGUGUGGCCUCAUCGCCGACCCGCUCCACCGCAAGGAGCUCCCGCAAACCCUACAUGGGUUCUUCUACGGCGGCGGGGGAUACGAAGGUGAACACAGCGACAGCGGCGAGGACAGUGAAGAAGACGUCGACGACAGCGCCAGCGACAGCGACACAACAGAAGACGACGUCAACGGCGACGAUGACGAAGAAGACGACGGCAAGAACCAGAUCUUCACAGGGUACGGUCACUUCAUCAACCUGCUCGGGAGAUCCGCGCAUCUCGUCGACCCUUCCUUCUCCUUCCUCAGGAGACUACAGCUACCCGGCAUUGGCAAACUCAGGCUCUUAGGCUCCUGCAAUGGGCUUCUCCUCUUUGGGCACGACAUCGAUUUGGAUAGCAUGGGGUUUAUCGUCUGCAACCCCGCCACCGAGCAAUGGGCUGCUGUGCCCUGCAGCCAGAGCCGGCCUCCGACGGAUUGGCAUCUUCGAGCAAGCCAAACCUAUUUGGUCUUCGACCCGGCUAUCUCUUCCCAUUUCCAUCUGGUCAUGUUCUUGCAGGAGGAUCGGAGACCAACUGUGCACGCCUACCACUCUAAAACUGGAGCAUGGAGUCACAGCGACAUUGACUGGACUGAAGAAGAAAAGAAAAGAUUGCACCUUGACCUCUGUUACCUUGAGGCUUACGGUGCGGCCGUAGUUAAUGGCAUGCUCUAUUUGGUCGAGGAAGAUCAGAUUUUUCAGGUGGAUUUCGAAGGGAAGACACGUGGGGUCAUCCCAGCUCCAUCGUCAAUUGUUGAGCGGAAUCCUGAUUACAAUGCAAUUUUCCUUGGUCAGUCCCAAGGGCGCCUGCAUUGCGUCAAUGAAGAGUGGGGUGCUGAGGAUUUCCCCUCUGAACUGUCCAGUCGUGUUCAUAUAGGAGGUGCUGAUGAUAACGCUCUACUGUCCAUCUGGGUUCUUGAUGACAAUGGUUAUAAUAGCGAGUGA